GAGAUGGAGAGCACACACAGAAAGCUUUUUUGCAGCCCAACUAAGCCAGUGUGGAGAGGAACAGGAAGGGCUGACUGGUCCCAGUGAGAGCAGAUAGGCAGGACGUUGAUCCUCACAGUCUUCGUCAGCAUUUAGGAACAUCACAUUGAGGAAGACAGGGAACUGGAUUGUCUGUGCACUGGACAGGACAUUCAACAAGGGCAUUAAUUGCUACCAGUUUAUUUUCAGAAACUGCCAGAAAUUCUGAAUUCUGUGUUUGAAAGGCUUUAGUCAAUUCUCGAUAUGGAUCCGGGUUAAAACUGGAUUGUGGAUUCAUAUGUGGAUUAGAAUGCUGAUGUGGAGCACCUGAGCUUUGGGACGUAGUGUUCUAUAGCAGGACCACAUGGAAAUGUUUGGUUUCUCUAAGAUGCCAAAGCUGUCUGGCCAUAAGAACAAAAUGUCAGGCUGGCCACCCCCUGGCCCAGGCUCCUGGGGAGGACUGCAAGGGCCUUCAUACAGCUGGGACAGCAUGAACAGCAGCAGGGAUGGACAGGACUGCCUCAUCAAUCAAGUGUCCCAGAGCAGCUCCCUGGAGGAGGUUCACCUGGAUGGCGUCCCCCCCGCCCCUCGUCUGGUGGAGAUGAGAAGGGACCCUGUUCUGGGCUUCGGCUUUGUGGCAGGAAGUGAGAAACCGGUGGUGGUCCGCUCUGUUACGUCAGGUGGUCCAUCAGAGGGGAAGCUGCUGCCAGGCGAUGAGAUCAUUAUGAUCAACAAUGAACCCGUCAGCUCUGCUCCCAGAGAAAGAGUCAUCGACCUUGUCAGGAGCUGCAAAGAAUCCAUUAUGUUGACUGUUGUCCAACCGUAUCCUUCCCCUAAAUCAGCGUUCAUCAGUGCAGCCAAAAAAGCCAUGCUCAAGUCCAAUCCGGUCAAAGUGCGCUUUGCAGAGGAGGUCAUUAUAAACGGCCAGGUUCCAAAUCCGGUGAAGGACAAUUCUCUUCUGUUCAUGCCAAAUGUCCUGAAGGUCUACCUGGAGAAUGGGCAGACAAAGUCAUUUCGCUUCGAUAGCAGUACCUCUGUUAAGAAUGUGAUCCUGACUCUGCAAGAGAAACUGUCGAUCAGAUGCAUCGAGCACUUCUCCCUCGUGCUGGAGCAGAGGUCAGAAGGCUCUGAAAGCAAACUGCUUCUCCUACAUGAACAGGAGAUGCUUACUCAGGUGACCCAGAGGCCCAGCUCUGGCAAGAUGAAGUGUUUCUUUAGACUGAGCUUCGUGCCCCGGGACCCUGUGGAGCUGCUUCGGAGAGACGCUGUGGCAUUUGAAUACCUCUAUGUACAGAGUUGCAACGAUGUGGUCCUGGAACGGUUUGGCCUGGAGCUGAAGUACGAUGCUGUGCUGCGACUGGCGGCUCUGCAGAUGUAUAUCCUCACCAUGACAACCAGACAGAGCCAGAAGGUCUCUCUCAAAUACAUCCAAAAGGAGUGGGGUCUGUCGCUAUUCCUGCCUCCCGCCGUGUUGUCCAGCAUGAAGGAGAGAAACAUCAAAAAGGCUCUGACGCACAUCCUCAAAACCAAUCAGAACCUUGUGCCUCCAGGGAAAAAACUGACUGCUUUGCAGGCCAAGGUGCAUUACCUGAGGUACCUCAGCGAACUCAGACUCUAUGGAGGGAGGGAGUUCAAAUCAAUACUUUUGCAAGGGGGGAAACAGACAGAAGUGACACUGUUAGUGGGUCCACGUUACGGCAUCAGUCAUGUCAUCAACACCCGCACCAACUUAGUGGCCCUAUUGGCCGACUUCAGUCAUGUCAACCGCAUCGAGAUCCUGACUGAGGAUGAGACCAACGUCCGACUGGAGCUGCAUGUUCUGGACGUCAGGCCCAUCACGCUGAUCAUGGAGUCGAGUGAUGCUAUGAACCUGGCCUGUCUUACAGCAGGCUACUAUCGCCUCCUAGUGGACUCGAGGAGAUCUAUUUUCAGCAUGGCUCACUGCAGUAGUGCUGGAGGGGAUGACAGCGGCCAGGAUCACGUCCUAGAGUGGCCAUACGGCACAUCUUUGGGGGACAAUGAGGAGCCAUCACCCAGCCAAGGAGACGUCAACAACAGGGACUCUGAGUAUUCAGACAAUGGACAGAGGGAAAACAGCAUCUCUCCUUACUUCCAUGAACCUCAAAACCCUGAGAGAUAUCUUGGGUCAGGGCAAAGUCCGAUGCCUCCCCCUCUUCCCCCUGCCACCAGACACGAAACUGAAGAUUCUCCUCGGAGCGCCAAAGUGUCAUUUAUUUUUGGAGGGGACCCGCCCUUAAACAAGCCCAGGAAACUAGGCUAUGAAAGGCUAGUGGAGAGCCCGGAGUUACCUGAGCAUGGCCCGCCCUACUUGCACAACACAGAGGUUCAGUCACAGAACAGAGUGCCAUUUCAGUUUAGUGGUCUGACACACGUCUAUAGUAACAUUGUCAGUGUAGCAGGUGGUGAGGAGCCACUGCUAAGGGAUCUGCUUUAUCGUGACACAAUGGAUGAUGCAGAGGAUGACGACGAUGCUUCCUGCGAAGAAGACUCCACUGGGGGAACACCAGUGGGUGACAACAGAGUAGGUGGAGAUGAAAACUGUGGUAACCCAGGUGGUGGGUUAGCCACAGCAGCUGGAAAAGGUACCUUCCUCACGCUUUCUGGUUCUACCGAUGACAUCAUCGACCUGACAUCACUUCCUCCUCCUGAGGGAGACGACGGCGUUGACGAUGAUGAAGACGACUCAUUGCUGCAGACACUCAACCUUGCAAUUGCAGCUCCACCACCAGGCUUUCGGGACAGUUCAGACGAGGACACAGCUCCAGAGGGAAAGCCAUUAACCACAUGUGACAGUGAAGAUAUUCCAGUGUCAUUAAUUGAUGCCAUUCAGACACAUGGGGAGGGGGAAGGGAGCAGGGGCGGGGGAAGGCUGGAGAAUGCAGUCGUAAAUACUCUACAGGCACUGGAGGCUCUGUCUGUCUCUGAACGGAGGCCUACUGUGCCACCACCCAAAAGUAACAAUCCAGGUGUUUACACAUCUCAAGGCUUUAGCCCAGAGUCAUCCUCAGAUUCUGGCAAUGAGACCAACUCUUCAGAGAUGACUGAAAUAUGUGAAUUGGCCGCUACUCACAGGCACAGCGAGAGCCACGUGCAUCUUCUGGUGGCCACAAGGGAAGGAUACCAACCUUUACUUGAGGAAAAAACAGAAUUCCCCGUCUCACCCAGUACAGGGGGAACGAUACCGAAGAAAACCCGUAGUCCAACAAGGCACCUUCAGCCUCCAGCAGUUCCUCCAAGACAGAGCCCCCAGUUGGACAAGGCAUCUUCAGGGCCAGAUGGCUUGGAGGGGAGGUCCCAGAUUAACCCUUCAUCCACUCUGCAGCGCCCAAGUUCCACCACACCUGGAGGCAAACAUCACAAAAAGUCUGCAGACUCCAGUGGGAAGUAUAACACUUUCAGCACAAGGGAAGGGCAUCGAAAUGAGAGUGGUGGCGCAGCCAUAUUGACUGGGACCAGCGCACUUCAUUCUGUGAGCGAGGGGAAAGUCAACAACGACAGAAUUCUUUUUUGCCAAAACUAUGUAGCUGAAGACCUGGGAGUGAACAGCCUCCCCCGUGACCAUCACAGAAUUCCCUGCCCUCCUUCCUCUGCCUCUAAUCGCCUGUUAGAUGUUGCCAACUUGGACGACUGUGGUACAGAUAAUGGCACUGUGGCUGUGGAGCAAGAUGAACAUCUAGUUGUAGCAUCAUUACUGGCCCCAACCGAAAAGUCCAGAUCAGGAGGAUCUGACCAGGGAUCAGACAUACAAAGUGACCAUCAUCCACUUUCGAGACAGCAGAGUGUUGCACGGUUGUGUGAGUACCAUCUAUCGAAAAGGAUUUCAAGCUUGCAAGGAGAAGCCCACAGUUCACUACAGGGUUCUCUGUGCUCAUCACUGGAUGCAGGGGGGAGCAUGAACAGUAGUGCCUGUGCCACUCCAACCGACUCACCACUGGGCCCUGGUGCAGUUGAAUCAAAACACCACCAUUUGCAAAGGCACCCACUCUCUAGGUCCACCUCUUCAUUACUCAGGGUGCUAAAUUAUGAAGAUAACAAACCUGGACUCUCUCAUGGCAUCCCUGGCCAGAAUGCUCAGGGAAAAGAUCUCCACCCUCAUGCAGACCCUGCCCUCCAUCAGAAAAUGUUGCCCAACAUUCACCCUCCUGAUGCUGGAGCUGAAACAGGUCGUCCCUCCUCAGCCACACUGUUUAAGCAUAAAGAAACUACAGGUAAUAGAAGCAAGAGGCCCCACAAUGACCUGCAUGCUAAACAACAGGCCUGUUUUAAGGGGCUGAACCCAAAGGAAGGCGGUGAGGCCUACAGGCAACUGAUUAACUAUCUAACAGUCAGCCAGAUGCAUCAGGGAGGGAAGCUGCACAGUGCAGGAAUGGGAGGGGCAGUGAAAAAGGACACCAGGCGUUUUAUCACUAGCAACCCUCAGCUUAUUGAAAUGGUUAAGAAUAGGGGGAACACCACUGCUCGUUGCCCAUGUAUGCCUUCUUCCAUAUCAUCCCCCUUCCUGAGCCCACAUUUAGUCAACCCUAAUGCGACUAACAUGCAGCUGGCAAAUAAAAAUCUACAGUCAUAUCAUUCAGCCACACUUCCUGCCAAACUCAAGGGAAGUCCUGACAUGCAUGCUCAGGCACUGAAUGAUUUUAGGCCAGCUACUGCUGAGAGGAGAAGCUCUUUUUCUGGCUUGGAAAGUGAACUAGAGAGGAGUGGCAUGGACCCAGAGCAGUUCCUGUUACUGUAUAAGAGAGAGGGCUGUGUCAGCCGUGAUGGAGGAGCCGUCACAUGUGGAAACCGUGAGGGUGGGGGAACCAUUAACCAUCUCCCACCUCGAUCAAGAAGCCAACCUAGUGGCAGCACUGAGGACUGGUUCAAAUCAGACCCAAGGGCAAAGCAUGCAGUUCGCCAGUCUUCUCAUUCUCAUCCUAAUGAUUCUCUUUUUUUCUCUGCUGCCCCCAGUGUAAGUGGUCAACGGGCAGACCUCAACACCAUGUCAUUGGGGAGAGGAGAUCACUCAUCAGCUUUUAUCAGACAGGCAUUUACUGGCAGAACUUGCAUUGCAUCUCCAACUUCCAUCCCACAGCCUGCCCCUCCUCCCCCACCUCCUCCUCCUGUGCCAGCCAACACUAGCUCCAGCAACUCAGGGUAUACACAGGAUUCCAUCCAUUCCAUCCAGUCUCAGCAGAAUCAGAACCACAUUCAGGCUGUUACACCGACCCUGCCACAGACCGAUCCUUUCAGUAAUAACCUGCAAAGAGGCCGGGAGCUGAAACGCAGCUCCAGCAACAUGACUGCUACUUCUGGUAGUGUGGAGGUUCUGUUUGAAAAACCCACCCGAAGCCGAAGCCAGCAGCCCUUGUCCCCAUCUGUGACCCUGCAAGGUGAGACCAAAGCACAGCGGCGUCCAACAAGAAAGCAUCUCUCCAAGAGCUACUCACAAGGCUCCGUAUAUCCCCAAACCACAUGCUGGUCUAUGGGCAGCACGCUAGACAGUAGAAGGGCAUCUGUGGUAUUUCCAUUGCAGAAAGACACUAAACACCUGAAGGGCUCUCAAAAACUGGACACCAGUCCCUGGAGAUGCAAUGGGCCUUUCAGUUACUGUUUCUUUAAACGCAAGAUUGAAGGUGAAGAGGAUGAGAUUGAGUGGGAGAGGCCCAGAAGAAGCCAUGGUGGGAACAAGGUUGAUGAUGAUGGUGCUGCUGCAUCAGCCAUAUUUCCCUGUGGCUUGGCAAUGGAUGCAGCUGGGGAACAGCUGUAUGGGGAAGUCCUCAACAACAUGAGCUUCAGUGACCGUCUCGCACGAAUCAACACACUCAAGGAUCGCAUGUAUUGCCUCCCUUCUGGCUUUACUGAUGUCCGCCGUGAUGCCAGUGAGCUCAUUGCACUGGUGAGAUCCAGCAUAGGGCGCUGCGAUCGUGGAGUCCAGAUGCCAAUCCAGGAUGUAUCACAGUAUAAACAGCUCCUAUCUGUUGAGUCGAAAGAAUUAGGUCGGGCAUGUCGGAGGAUGGCACAGGCCCACAGUAGUCCUGAAGAGAUGUUGCUAGCUGUAACUUGUAGCUUCCAGGUGCUCUGCUGUCUCUGUGAAGCUUGUAUGUGUCUGGUUAGGGGGCUCGGGACAUCAGCUUCACACCAGCAGAGAGAGGUUGUGGCAAAGGUUGAUGAGGUUGUUAUGAACUAUAUCUGUUUGCUCAAAGCGGCUGAGGCUGCCACCGUAGGAGCACCAGGGGAGCACAGUGUGAAAGCCCUUGUCCGCCAUUCCAGUACCAUGUCGGCCAUUGCUAACGCACUCACCCGCUCCCUUAAAACACUGCUUAGCAAGUAGAGGCUACUUCUUAUGCUUUAUAGUGUGGUCUAUGCCAGCGGUCCCCAACCUUUUUUGUACCACGGACCGGUUUCAUGCAUGAAAAUGUUUCCACGGACCGGGUAGAGGCACGGGGGUUCCAAUAACAAAAACCUUUGUCAAUUCAUGUAAUCUGAAUGCAGCAAUUACACUUUAUAUUAG